UAAAUUACGGUCCCACCGGUCAGCACGUGUACGAGGAAUUGAAUUUGCUUCUUUGCUGUUUAUUCCCCUUAAAAUGGAUGUUGUCAAGGAAGUUUUAGCCAAACACCAGAAGGAAUUGGACAAAUACAAGCCGAUCACAGUAGAAAAGCAUCUGGAAUGUCGCCUGGACUUAGGAACCCUGCUGAUCACAGAUCCCAACGACUUCGAUGACCGGGAAUUGAGGGACAACAAGGAGGAGUACCUGGCCGCACUGACCAGGGAUAACACCCAACUCCUGGUGAACGCCAUCUGGGAACUUUCCACGGAGCGGGUGGACGAGAGCAUUGUGGCCAAGCUGCCGGAACCCACGACCGUAUUGCCACGCCUACGGAAACCUCCAGGACCUCGGCCCAUGACCAAAUGGGAGAAGUUCGCCAAGGAGAAGGGCAUCAGCAAGAAGAAGAAGGAGAAGAAGACCUACGAUGAGACCAUGGAUAAAUGGGUGCCCACAUAUGGCUUCAAGCGUGCCGAGGCCGAGAAGGCCAAGGAUUGGGUGCUGGAGGUGCCACAGAACGCCGACCCCAAUACGGACAUGUUCCAGAAGAAAAUCGACCUGCGCAACGAGAAGGUGGCCAAGAACGAGAUCCAGCGCAUGAAGAACAUUGUGCGCGCCAAGAAGAUCGACAUGCCGCGCAGCGGUUACCUGGGACCUGAGGCUGCCUCCUCCAGCCAGCUCUUGACCGCCGUCACAGUGGCCAAAUCGUCCACAGCCUCUGUGGGCAAAUUCCAAAACAAACUGCCCAAGGAGAAGGAGGCUCGUGGUCUGGGCAUCAAGGAGCUGAUUCCAGGCGGCAAACGCAAGCAGUCGCAUAUUACACAAACGCCCGAAAAGGAGGCCAACCUGGAUCUCAUCAAGAGCGUGCUGAACAAGAAGCCCAAGCUGGACGUAGACAAGGCGAUAUCCAUGGAAAAGCGCGGCAAUCGCUUGGCACGCGAGGCAGAGGCUGAAAAUGAACCAACCAAGAAGGGCAACAAGAAGCCCAAGGGCAAGGGCAGUCGCAAGGCGGUGGGCAAGAAGUCUAAGGGCAAUCACGGCCAGCGAGCCCCGGGCAAGAAGGCCCAGGCAGGGCGCAAACGUCGCUAGAAAGGAUUUUACAUGCCUUAGGACACUUUAAUUAACGAAAAACACUUUACACUUAUGCUUAAUAAAUCUUAGACAUAAGACAAACAAUAA